AUGCCAGCAAUACCUCUCUUCGAGGGAGAGCACUCCCUCCCUCUCAAAGCCCCCCACCCUUCGCCGCAGAUACAACAACAGCAGCUGCUGCUGCAGCAGCAGCAGCAGCUGCUGCUGCAGCAGAAGUGCUGCGACGUUGGGCGGCACUCGCUUGCAUGCAGCGACGGCGCAGCAGCAGCAACAGACAAGCAGCUGGUCCAGUGGUCUUUUCUGGCCUUGCCGCUGCCGUGUUCUUGCUGCAGCACCCCUCCGCCGCAGCAGCUGCUGCAGCCGCUGCCCUGCAGCAGCAGCAGCUUUGCUGCGCUGCAGCUGCUUCCGCAAGACCUCGUGGCUGUGACCUUCUGCUGCUGCGUGCAGCAGCUGAGAAAAGAUAAGGCCCUUCCCCUCAAUCCAAACAAAAUGUGGAAGCCUGUCAGAAAAAGAAUAUACAGACACAAGUGCUGGGACUACGCAAACUUGCUGGCGCAGCAGCAGCAGCAACAGCUGCAGCAGCAGCAGCAGCAACAGUUCCAGCAGCAGCAGCAGCUGCUGCUGCAGCAGCAAGAAAAUUAUGAGCGAAACAAUGAGGCUACCGCGGCAGCAGCCACGGAGGCGGCAGAGUCCGCAGCCGCGAAAGACCCCACCGCCGCCCCGGGGGCAGCAGCAGCAACAGCAGCAGCAGCAGCAGCAGCUGCUGCUGCUGCGGAACUGGCAGCUGAAGGCGUCGAUGUUGCUUUGCUGCAGCGGCUUCUGAUUCGCGAGCUCUGCGGCCGCUUAUUCGUUUGGUUUUAUUUCGACGCUGCGAGGAAAGUGCUUGCUGCCCCCUGCAGCAGCAGCAGCAGCAGCAGGAAGGGCAGCAAGAGCGGCAGCGUGCCUGUGACAACGGAGUGGAUAGAAUGCGCGUACGCUGCUUUGCUGCAGACACCCACAUGGAGAUUUGCUGCCUACCUUCCCUUCUGCUGCGCGCCCCACCCCGAUGAUGCUGCUGCUGCUGCUGCUGCUGCUGCGGAUCACUGGCAGCAGCAGCAGCAGAAGCAGCAGCAACAGGCCAGCGCACCAGUGCAGCAGCUAGCGGAGGCGUUCGAUAUAGAUAUGCUGCUAAGGCCUGGCAGCAGCUACAGCGACUCCGAGGAAGAAGAAGCAGCACUAGCAGCAGCAGCGGCAGCAGAGGCGACAACAACAGCAGCGACGGCAGCAACUUCAGCUGCAGCAGCACCAGCAGCUGCUUCUCCUGAGCCAAAGCUCACCGAGCAGGCGCCAGCAGCAGCAGCAGCAAAUGCAGCAGAUGUGCCAGCGGAGGCAACAGCAGAACCAGCCCUUGUGGCGGCCUAUAUAGCACCUGUUGCACCAGCGGCAGCAGCUGCUGCUGCAGCAAGUUCAUCUUCUACUGCUGCACUUGCUGCUGCAGCAGCAAGUGCAGCAGUAGAAGGUGCACCAGCAGCAGUCGUUACGGCAACAACUACAGCAGCAGCCGCAGCAACAGACACUCUAGCAACUACAGCAGCAACAGCUGCAGCAGCAGCUUCAGCAACAGCUGCAGCAGCAGAAGCAACAGCAGCAGCAACGGGAGAUGCAGCAGCAACAGCAGCAGCAACAAAAGAGGCAGAUGUUCUAAGCGGACGCAGAAGCCGCAGAUCGACAGUCGACUUCUCAGUCGCACCGACGCAGCAGCUGCCUCACGUGCUUCAGCAGCAGCAGCAGCAGCAGGAGCAGCAGCAAGAGUGGUCAACAGAGCAGCAGCAGCUGCAGCUGCACCAGCAUCUACCGCCGCCAGAGCAGCAGCAACAACAGCAACAGCAAGUGCAGCAUCGGCAGCAAAGGAGGCAGAAGCACCAGAUGCUCAAUCCUGUGCAGAAGGUGGAUCAGAAGCGCCAGAAAAAGCAGCAGCAGCAGAAACAGCAGCAGCAGCAGCAGACAGAGCAGCAGCAGCAGCAGACGGAGCAGCAGCAACAGGUGCAGCGGGAGCAUCAGCAGCUGCUGGAGUUGCAACAGCAGCAGCAAGCGCAGCUGCAAGAGCAGCCGCAGCAACAGCAGAAGGUACGUCCGAGAAAGCGUGGCAGCACCGAUAGCAGUCACAGCAGCAGCAGAAGCAGCAACAGCAGCAGCAACAGCAGCAACAGCAGCAGCCGCAACAGCGUGGACAAGCGGCCGCGGCUUUCCUUUAAGCGUUUAGAUGCUGCAACAGAAGCAGCAGCGGCCGAAACGUCAGCAGCGGCAGCAGCAGCAGCUCCAGAGGCGAAAGCUGACGCAGCAGCAGCAGCAGCAGCUGAAGGCGCAGCAGCAGCACUGAAAGGCUCAGCAGCAAGAAAAGCAUAUAGCAAUGGGGACGAUGUUGCAGUCAUCCUGUCUGACGAAGAGCCGCAGCAGCAGCAGCAGAAGCAGCAGCAAGCAGGUCAAAGCAGCAACAAGCAGCAGAAGAAGCGGCAGCAGGUGCUGCUCGUAGAGCAGCGUGAUUCAUGUGAAAUGGAGGAGCAGCAACAGCAAGAGCAGCAGCCGCAAGAGCAGCAGCAGCAGCAAGAGCAGCAGCAAGAGCAGCAACAAGAGCAGCAAGAGAAGCAGCAGCAAGAAGAGCGGCAAGAGCAGCAGCAGCAAGAGCGGCAGCAAGAGCAGCAACAAGAGCAGCAGCAGCAGCAGCAGCAGCAAUCUGAUGAUGACGACCUCGUCGAUUUUGAAGAGGCGGUGUCGCCUAGCGAAGAUGCAAGAACAGCAACAGCAGCAAAGGACAGCAGCAGCGGCAGCAGCAGCAGCAGCCUGCUGGAGCUGCUGGGCAGCAGCAGCAGCACGGAAGUGAUCGCGGAAGCGUGCAGAGGAGCAGAAGCAGCAGCAGCAGCAGAUGCCAACAGCAGCAGACGCAGCAGCGUCUGCAGCAGCACAGUUCCUUCUCCCUAUAGAGCUCUGUUUGCUCCUAGCAAUUCGCUGCAGCCGACCCAGCAGCAGCAGCAGAAGCAGCAGCAGCCAAAGUUGUGGCAGCGCCUGCAGCAAGAAGUUGAGGAAAUAUUCAGCGACCCACAGGCGAGCGGCAGCAGCAGCAACCGCAGCAGCAGCAGCCACAGCAGCAGUUCCACCCCUAGUCGUGCAGACAUGCGCAAGAAUGGGACUGCAGCAGCAGCAGCAGCUACUGCAGCAGUGUCAGCAGCAGCAGCAGCGACGGCAGCAGAAAUGGAGGAAGCAGCGCCUGGUUCACCGGUGCUGCUGCAGCACGCGGCGAAGGCCCACAAGCAGCGAAAAGCAGCAGCAGCAGCAGCACGCAGCAAUCUGCUGGGGGACCCUGACUCCAGAGCAGCAGCAAAGUGUUUCUUGACUCAGGUGGACCGGAAGCUGCAGCGGCUGCAGCAGCAGGCGCGCCCAGCAGCAGCAGCAGCAGCAGCAGCAGCUAUGCCCACUCCAACGGCGGCAACGGGAGCAGCAGCAGCGGGACGUCCCUCGCGGAAGCUUGGGGCUACAGCCGCAGCCGUGUCUAGGGGCAAGAGCAGCAAGGCCAAAAGCAGCAGCAGCAGCAGCAGCAGCGCGCUGCCUCGCCUUGGUCUCUCACGGCCGCGCUUUACCCCGCAGCAGCACAAGACAGCAGCAGCGCCUGCUGCUGCUGCCGCAGCAAGAGCUACCAGCAGCUCCUCAGCCCUUCCGCGCCUGAAGCGGCAGCAGCAACAGCAGCAGCGGCAGCAGCAGCAGCGGCGGGCUAUGAGCAGCAGCGCCCUCCCCGCCGUGAGCCCCUGGAGCCAUUAG